AUGAACGUUGAAAGCUCACCAGUCGACGAGAAUGGAUCGAUACGACAGGAUAAAAAGAAUCUUGGAAAGGAGAUCAGUAGUUGCGACACGAUGAGCACCGAAUGGCUCUCCAGGGAAGACCUCGAUCGGAUGAUCAAACUCGCGGAAAGUGCUGUGGCUUCCUGCCAGAGGCUCAUCGCCAUUGGUGACCGAGCUACCGCAUCCGCCGCCCUCACUACCACGUCGCUGGAAUCGCCCCCUCCACCGUACCUACGCCUCCGUCGUCAAUAUUGCCAGAAGUCGUCUCUGACAUUGAGGUUGAGACCACCCCAACUCGACACGAGAGCGACCAGCCGAAGAUCGAGGUCGUCGGGAUUAAAGGAGAGGCCGCCCUCUCAUCCAUCCGCCUUAAAGGGGUGGGAUGCGGCUCUAUCGGAGGAGGAGGAUCGGAGGAAGCGACGUGAUCCUGUUGCCGAAACUACCAUCAAGUCACGGUCACAGGUCCACGCGGGUAAGCUACUCAUUGGGCCUAAUCCUUACGAUUCCGGAUCGAAUCCCUCGCUAGCUUCUGUGAAUUCCCCAUCGUCGUCGGGACGACUCCUCUUUGACUUCGAUUGCCGCCGAUUGUGUCGGUGUCGACGACGGCCGAGGAAGAGGAGAAGGCACAUACGCCAGCCUAGAGCACGACCGCCGCUCCAAUCCCUCGCCAGCGUUGCUGUGAUUUUGAUCGCGAGUAGUGCUGCCGCCGAAGGAACCGAUGCUUUCUCCUUCGUCUCUCCGAUCUCGCCCUUGGUCCGUGCAUCGGUUCGUGUUCAGGGGAAAUCUGGAAACAAAGGUACAGUUCCUAAGCAAGGAUUCAUGGGGAAGGAGCAGGAGUGCCAUAGAAGCUGCAAUGCCACUGCCUGCAACAAAAGACUGAAGUUUCCAUGACACUGCCAUGGGUUUAGCAGGUUCUUUUAGUCCAUGGGUAUUAAAAAUUAAUGACUACUAAUAGAAGAUUAAAAACUCAAUGGGGAACUUUGUAGUUUUAUAAGGUUUUUGCCAUUGGAUUACCAAUUUAUAGUCACCAUAGUUAUGCAUUCAUUAGUUGUUGUCAUGGAUUUACAAGGUUGCUCGAGUCCAUCCAUUUUAAGUUUACAUGGUUAUAUGAUUAUGUUGUGAUGUAGAGGUUUUUGCCAUUGGAUUACUACUGAGAUGCAGCAAAAUGACUCCAGUUCUAGUGCACCAGACCCUGCUGCCGAGGCUUUCCUUGCCAGCACACUACGUUACAUUCAGUUCCAGAAACAGAAAGGCGGUACAAUUGGCGAAAGAUACCCUAAGUUAGCUGCUUAUAUAUUGUCUUGAAAAAGAUUCUCAGGCAGUAGUCACCCUAAGUUAGCUGGUUAUUACCUUAUUAAAAGCAGUAGGAUCUCAAGAGGAGCUUCAUGAUUUAAUGGUGAAUCAUGAACCGAGAUGAUCAAUCAUGAAGCAUGGGAACUUAGAAAUCUGUAAUUCCACUGAUUAGUAUCGGCAGCAACAUCUCUGCAUAUGGAGGUGACUCUAACAGCUGCUCAAGGAGUACAAAGGCAAGCUAGCCAAAGUUGCAGGAAGCAACAGUCCUCCAAGGCAGUUCUACGUUUAUGCCCUCUAUGGCUUCGUCCGAGCUCAGCAUAUACCUAGUGUUUGAAUAUAUGGAGCAUGACAUUGCUGGACUGCUUUCUUGCCCGGAUGUCAGAUUUGCCAAGUCACGGGUCAAGUGUUCCAAAGGUGGAAUGGCAAAUCAAAGAUACGUGAAGUAGUUAGUGUCCUCUUUUUAUUUUUUGAAAUAGUAGGCCGAUUCUUAGUGAUAAUUUGGUGUAAUUGUGAUUUUGGUUACUAAACAAUAAAUUGUGAACUAAAAUUUUAGUUGGUAAACAAUUUUGUUAUAUGAAAUAAUUUUUUAUUAUAAUUCUAUUAAUUUUUAAUAUUUUUA